AUGGGCAAUGAUCCAGUAGCAACAUCAGUAACCAAACAAUUCCAACAAUUUGAUGUUGUAGCCGAUUACUCAGACAAUGAGUUUGCUAAGUUGGAGAAUCCACACGUUAGCACUGAAAGCGCAACGUACAAAACAAUCAUGAAAAAAAGGGAAAUACUAGAGAAGAAUCUGCCAGAAUCAAUCUAUGUAAGAGCUUACGAAAAAAGGAUAGACCUAGUGAAAGCUGUGAUUGUGGGAGCCUCUGGCACACCAUACCACAACGGCCUCUUCUUCUUUGACUUUGAAUUCCCUCAGGACUACCCAAACGUGCCUCCAAAGGCACAUUAUAGAUCAUUUGGCCUCUUCGGGUUGAAUCUAAACCUUAAUAGUAACGGGAUUAUCCGUUUGAGCCUCUUGAAUACAUGCGUGCAUGGUCCAAAAUGGAAACCUUGGAGUUCCAACAUAUUACAAGUGUUGCUCUCUCUCCGGACACUGGUACUCAAUGAGAGGGCUUGCUUGAUCAAUGAACCUGAAUUUGUAGAGUUGGAAGGAAUUAAAUUGAUGGAGGAGCAAUCUAGGAAGUGUAACUAUUAUGCAUUUGGCUUGUUAUGCAAGACAAUGAUCUUCCUGCUCCAAAACAAGCCCAACAACUUUGAAGAUUUCAUUGUUGAACAUUUUCGCAACCGUGGACAUGUUAUUUUGACUGCAUGUAAGGCAUAUGUACAAAGGUUUGUGGGAGUCGGUCACUAUCAAGGUGUGGCGUCGUUUUUACCAGAAAGAGUCCAUGUAUAUUGGUGGUUCAAGGCAUCAACGAGGAGGAUUUAUCCAGAACUUGUUGCAGCAUUUGCCCAGAAUGAUCCUUCCCUGAUCACGACUUCAUUCCACAGUUGGAUCUAA